CGAUCUCCCCAUUUCAGGCUGUGUAACAACCACUCCCACGCCCUGUCAACACACUAUUCUAAUGACGCGAAUAAUAACUCCCACGCCCACCGCGCUUCCAUCUUCCACGUGACGCUGCCCUCCCGUAGAGCCUCAUCUCUACUUCGCAUUGGCCAUGUCGGGCCGACGUGGCGGCCUAUCCGGCCGGGGCGGCGGCGGCGACGACGACGAUCGCGACAGGGACAGGGACGCGGAGAGCGAUUCGCGAUCCAGGGGGGGGAGCAGCAGCGCAAGCAGCAGCGGUGCGGGUCGGAGCGGCGGCGGCCGCGGCGGGUCCGGGGAGAAGGAACGCGACAGCGGCGGCGGCCGCGGCGGCGGCGGCGGCGGCGGGGGGGGAAAGGGCGGAGGCGCGAUGGUGCUGUUUCAGAACGUGGGCGGGUCCGUGACGUUUCUACUGCAGAUCGCGCUGCUGGCGUGGGGCAUUCGGCAACUGCGCAGCGUCCUCGCUAAGCGGCGGGAGAACCGCCAGCGCAACCAGGGCAGCAGCGUGGGCGCCUCCCCCGCCUUUGCCUCGCUCUCCCCGCUCGCCGCGCUCAUGAUGGCGGGGUGGACGGGGGAAAGCGGGGGCGCGGGGAGCAGCAGCGCGGGCGGAGCCGGAGUGGGGGCUGGCGCGUCCACUUCCGGCCAGAAUGCGACAGGAAACGGGGCAGGCGGAGUUGCGGGGGAGGCUGGCGCAGGGAGGAUGGGCGCAGGGGGAGAGGAUGGGGGGACGAUUGGGGGAGUGGCGGAGGGGGGAGGUGUGGCGCCAACAGCAAGUGCAACAGGAGCAGCAGCGGGGGGAGCAGAAGCAGGAGCAGGAGCAGGAUCCGUGGGGGAUGGGGGGGGGGGGGGAGGCGGGGGGGGAUGGGGCAGCAGAAAUGCGGUGGUUGUGCCUCAUGUGGUGAUAGAUGUGCGCGCAAGGGAUGUGGCCAAGAGCAAUCCCAUACCUCUGCCGUCACCACGUAUUCUCAACAUCCCAGAGCCCGACCUGCUGCAGUCGCUGCAGCUGCCAGCAGCGGCGUGGGAGCACCGCUUCCACGACACGCGGCAGCCGGACCGCCGCCACGUGCUGCUGUUCGUCUCCUCGCAUGGCGCCUCCGCGCAGCGCGCCGCCACAGUCGCCGCCUCCCUCGGGUACACCCGCUCCUGCGUCCUCGCGGGGGGGCUGGAUGCGCUCAAGAAGUUCCUCGCCUCGUCUGCUGCUGCUUCUGCUGCUGGUGGUGGUGCUUCCGCUCCGUCUGCUUCGGUUGGGGGGAUGGCAGGAGGAGGAGGAGGAGGGGGAGGAGGAGGGGGUGGAGGGGGUGGGGUAGGUGGGGGGUCGGCUCUGACCCCGACGGCGCUUGGUCAUGUGGCGUCUGGUUCUGGGCUGGUCUCCGCCCAGUCCUCUGCUGCUGCCGCGCCGUUCCAUUGGAUCCCCUCGACUGCGGUGUCGGUGAAGAACAUAUCACGGGAUGCUGUCGCGCUGCUGCUAGCGCGCAAGGGAGGCGUCUACCCCCACACGCUCAUUCUCCAGUCCAGACCCGCUCCAGCGUCCGCCGCUCCCCUUCCCCUUUCCUCUCCCCCUUUGUCCGACCAAACUCCCGCAUCCUCGCACCACCCUGCCCCUGCUGCUCCCCCUGCCGCUGCCCCUGCUGCUGCCGCUGAUUCUUCUGGCGUCCAGGGUGGUGAGGUGGGGGGGGGCAAGCCAUGGUUCUUUCUGAUUGAUGUGAGACGGUUCGAUGAGAGGGUGCUGUAUGGUGGGAUACCCGGCUCGGUGCACAUACCAGCGGAGGUGUGGCCAGUGGCGCUGUCGCUGGGCGAGGAGGCGUGGAGGCAGCGCUACCAGUGGCCCAAGAUGCAAUCGCAUUCCCUGCUCAUCCUGCACUGCAAUACAGGACCUCGAGCAUAUUGGGCAGCCCAAGUGGCACGGGACGCAGGCUAUGACAGGUGCUUUGUCAUGCACGAGGGCACGCACGGCUGGCGACUGCACCCCUCUGUCUCUGUCUACGACGACUACCCUGAGGGGGCCGUGCCACCGGCGCCACAGUCGUUUGCAGUGGAGGCUGUGGAUGAGGGCAUGGCAGAGCAGCAGCUGCGACUGCUCGGCAUCGCACUCUGAUUCCCAACCAUGCUCCCCUGCUCUCCUGCUCGCCUGCUCGCCUGCUCGCCUGCCCGCCUGCUCACCUGCUCGCCUGCCCGCCUGCACACACUGCUGCCAGCGCCGCCACAACUGCCUCUGCUGCCUCUGCUGAAGCCCGUCCUGCACCUCCCACUGCUGCUCCAGGAGUGGAAGUCUGCCUGUCAAACCUAGCAAUCGGCCGCUGCUGGCUAGUUUUUUUAGGUGUCUCAAAACCAGUAGCAGAAGUCUGCCAGUCAACCCUAGCAAACGGCCACUGCUGGCUGCUGCUCUCACUUCAUUGCGCACUGUUGCAUGUUCCGCGGUAUAAUUUAGCUUGCUAGCUCAACCAAUGUGGCAUUAUUACAGUCCAGAAAAGUUGUAGUUUUUCCUGCUCUCUCAACCAGGGCGGACUGAGAGCGUGUU